ACGCGUCGUUGUUUGUUGCUGUUACCUGACGUUAGCCUUCAGAAAAGUUGCUGGAGAGCUGACAUCUUUUGGUUUCAACAUCUGAGAAUGGAUUCUUACCAUCCAGCGUUGGGCUUUCGACUCUGAGCUCACUUUAAUCUACCUCGAUCACUGAUUUAUUCCAUAGUUAAUGAGCAUGUUUCACCACCAUGGGAUGACUGGUCAAUAAUUCCAUGUUCCUUUGUAUUUUUUUAAAGGUUCCACACUGUGGUAAUACCCUACAUUUUAUGUAGCAGCAUACAUUUAAAUUCCAUUACUGACUUCAUCAGAGUGAGCCAGACAUGGGGAUCUGUUCAACGGUCAGCAAAGCUUUGCGGAGAGGCAAAUUUUUUUUCCUGCUUAUUCUCUUGCUGUCACUGUUGGCAUGGAUAGCAACAUUUUCUGGUGAAACUGUGAAAUCCAUUUUGGCCCCCUUUGGAACAACAGAAACGUUUGUCAAAGGGGAUAAACUGAGGGAAAAACUUAAUGUUUUACUCACCGAACCUGAUCAAGUCAUUGCUCCAACACAAAGUGCUGAAUGCCCACAGGUGUCUCCAUUGCUAAAGGGUGCUGUGGGUCUGUCAUUCGAACCCUCCCUGAAACUAAAGGAUCUUGAAAUUGCCAACAAAGGAGUGACUGAGGGAGAGUAUGAGCCUUCAGACUGUACAGCAAGGCAAAGUGUAGCAAUCCUUAUCCCACAUCGCAACCGGGAGAGGCACCUCCUCUACCUCCUGCAUCACCUGCACCCCUUUCUGCAGCGGCAGCAGUUGCAUUAUGCCAUUUAUGUCAUCCAGCAGGCUGGUGAUGAAACGUUUAACCGAGCCAAGUUACUAAAUAUUGGGUAUUUGGAGGCACUAAAGGACUACAUUUGGGACUGUUUCAUCUUCCACGAUGUUGACCUGGUUCCUGAAAAUGAUAACAAUUUAUACAUCUGUGAUAAGCAGCCCAAACACUUGGUGGUUGGCCGAAAUUCCACAGGAUACCGGUUGCGUUACAAAGGCUACUUUGGCGGAGUCACUGCCAUGACCAGAGACCAGUUUCUCCAAGUCAAUGGAUUUUCAAACAAUUACUGGGGUUGGGGAGGGGAGGAUGAUGACCUACGUGUUAGGGUUGAGCUGCAGAAAAUGAAGAUUUUGCGACCAUCUGCUGAUGUUGCUCGCUAUACGAUGGUGUUUCAUAAACGGGACAGUGGCAAUGAGAUAAAUAACAAGAGGAUGGGGCUGUUAAGUCAAACAUCACAUGUGUGGAAAAAGGAUGGACUCAACAGCUGCUCUUAUAAGACAUUGUCAGUUGAGAGGUUGCCUCUCUAUGUGAAUGUUACUGUUGACAUUGGUAAGCCACAUAUUUGACUUCUUAAAUAGAAAAUCCUUCUCUUAUACAUUAUUCAGUUCAGCCCACUGAGUGCUGAAAAACUACAACAAGAUACCAUCUUCUGUAAAGAUGCACUUUCUUCAUGUGUUAAGUUUAUCAAAGGUAUUUUUCUGACUAACUCACAUAUGCCUUAUGAUUUGCCUGCUUAAUUCACAUAUGUGGAUGCAGAUUCUUUUUUUUGUCUGCAUGCAUCAGUUUCCUGUUCAGAUGUCUUAAAUCGCCUCAACAAAAAUAUUGUUUUAUCUUGUUUGGAUAGAUCUUCUCUCAGUCUUAAAAAGGAAGUCAGUGAUUGAUUUAAAUGUCUCGCACAGUCAUGAUAGAUAAAAUUCGACAGAGUUUUGUGUUCUGUUAUCACCACUGCAUUCUACCACCCAUAUGUUCCAGCACUGUUUACCUCUUUUGCCUUCAAAAGUCAGAAUAGAUAACCGACCACCCCGGUUAAUAUAGAUGUGAUAUUUGGGACAUUGACCGCCCUGUUGCCCCUGCAAGGGCAGGGAGGGCAUGCGGUGUAAAAACGUCUGCCAAAACUACCCUGUGAAUUUAGGCUACGCUGCAGCGACCCCGAUAAGAAAAGCCGAGGGUGACAACCUGUUUAUAUGUUUGUGAAUACAUCAGCAGAUGAUAGGGGAAAAUCUAUUGGCUGAAAAUGAACAAACAUUAAUGCUAACAGACGGAAGGCUGAAGUUAGCAUUACCAUGGUUUAAAUAACAGCUACGGGGGAAUUAUUAUUGAUGAUGGGUCAGAAUUUCUGCCUUAACACUACAAACACCACGCUGCUCUAGAGUGAAUUAUUGUUAUGACUUAAAGUUUAAGUGAAUUAAUUCAGUUUGAUUGAUUACUUUUAGCUACUGAACUCAAGAAGGACGGCCAUCUUCACAUGACUUUCUUUUUUGUGAACUAAGACCACAAAAAUAUAUUUUUAUUAUACAUUCUCUUUAGGACUUUAAAUGUGUGUUUUUGGGGUUUAAACGGUGAUGGAUUAUUUAUUACUUGAAGUAUUUAAAGUAUAUUAUUUAGAACAAUCAACAUAAUUAUUUCUGAACUAUUGUACGUGAAGGAAUUUGGUUUAAAGAAAAUCUUCUUAUUUGGCAUAUUAUUUCAUGCUGUUAUGGGAUUCAACUGAUACACAUAUCGUAUUUUUACCUUAAAUCUUUUAAAAAAUGUAUUCUUCCAAAACCGAAUAAUGCUUUUAAAUAUUCUGAAAAAACGUUCUUCCUUUUUCUUCUCACUCAUUGAAUGAGCGUAUUUAUUAGACUAGAGUUUAAUAAUAGUUACAGGUAAAAGCCAACUGGCAGAAAUUACGCUGUUAAAAUGUUACACUGCUGGUGAGCUGAACUACUCUAACAAUCUGAAGGAAGCUGUCGCCCUUAGAAAUACAAACGUCCUUUGCUAUUGGCGCACUGACUGAGUGUUUACGUCUUGGCUGCAUGUGUAAUCCUGAUUUAAUGUUUUUUUUUUCAUUCUUUUUUUCUAUUUUACAGUUAUAUCUUAAAAUAUUGUGACUGCACAAGAAAAACCAAAUUGUUACAA